AUGUCCGAACGUAGGACAUCUCCUCCUUUGGAUCACCCCAUUACAACAGCAGCCGUCGGCUUUGGAUCGGGCCGCACCCAGGCUUCGUCAUUUCCCAGUCUCUCACUCAUCACUCACAUACCACAGACUCGUAGUGACCCACCUCAAGAGGAUCAAGAGCUUCAGCCUUCAACUUCCGAUCCGCUUCAAGUGCUCAACAGCGCCCCGCACUUUGCAGCUACUGAGCGCCAGUCGCCACCCUCUGAAAGCCAGCUCACCCCUUUAUCCCCGAUCAUCAGAUCCGAGAGUGCUUUCGUCUAUUACGAAUCAAGCAACCAGGAGAACCAUUCUGAGCCCCUCACGUCCGGCGCUUCGAUCUAUUUCACUUCAGGUGUGACCGAACAAACUACUGACUCGUAUCAACCAGACAUCGCUUUUAGAGGGUCCGAUAAUAUCGCUGACGAAUCCUCUGACCACUCGCCGGCAUCAGAAUCACCCCAUACCAACGACCACGGAUACGAAGACUGUGACAACCCAAGCUCUAAAUUACAAGCCAUAGAUCCAGAAUACGAAUAUUUCCAGGAUUCGGAAAACGAGGAAGAUUGCGCAAACCCCGAGUACGAAUUCUUUGACCCAGAAGACUCUGAUUGUGACAUGGCCCUGAACAUAGACGACAAGAAGGCUCUCUUCGAACAACAAAACCACUACUACAACGAUGAAGCAGCAAGGAACCGCGGCCGUCAGGUCAUCGAGACUGCCACCAAUAUCAUAGCUGCGCCUCGUGGAUCUCCUACUGCUAAGCAGACGACUCCUUCAAUCCAUCAAGCUAUUCACAAUCGUCCCAAGCUCAACGAGAGCGUGCUUCAAGACGGCCUACUGAACGCUCUUUUCAAGGCGUCGCGAAUGGUGCGAAAAGCGAGUGUUCCUCCCAGCAAACCUUUCGAUCUCUAUGACUACGAGCCAGAGCCCCGCGCGUGGACCAAGGACUACCUUGGCCGAAAGACUCGAGCCAAUUUUCACCAGAAGAGUGUUCCGCAAAUGAAACCUCCGGCUGGUACAUUCGAUGCGUUCUUUGCAGAAGACCCGAAACUAAAAACACCUAUCCCUGAUCUUACGUGGGGACUCUGUGAAACGCUACUCAAUGUAGCAAGAGACAGGUGGCCAAAACUUUCCAAAACAUACAACGCCUCCGUGACGAAGGGUCUGUUCCACGCUUUCUGUAGUAUGGACAUAAAGACUCUCAACCGUCCGACCGGUGAAUUGCAACUACAGUGUGCAAUGGCAGGCUCUGCCAUGGUGUGGAAUAAGGUGCAGUGGGACGCGCAAAUCAAUGACCAGCCUAUUCCGAAGGGCCAUGACGAUGACCAAAAGAUCGAGAAAGGAUCGGGCUCGUCGAUCCCAGGUCUUACCUCAUUUGUCUUCACGUGUGGCGUUAGUCCUUCACAUGCUACGAUAUACGUCAAUUGGAGAGAGGACUGGGAUAAUGGAGCGGUGUAUUGGCACACAACUCCGAUAGGAUGGUAUGGUACUGAAUAUGGCGCUGACCAGCAGACGGCCGCGUUUCAAAGAGCACUCACCAACAUACAUGAUUGGGGCGUCGGACCGCGUGCGGACGUGAUCUAUCGACAAGCCCAGAAGCAGGCCAAGAGAAAGGCACCCAAGGACUAUGAGAUGCCUCUACCUGAGAGGAAACGGCUGGAAUUGAUAAAUGAUGAGCAUGCUAGUGGCUCCAACUAA